AUGAUUACGGAAUAUCUUUAUGCAGUUCGCUGGCCAACUUAUAUUUGGUAUGGAAUGUCAAUUAUUAGUGUACCAAUUUAUCUGAUAGUUGUCAUUUGUCUUGUGAAACUUCGUCGAGUACAAAAAAAUUAUAACACAACAUUCUAUACAUUAUUGCUACAACAUGUCAGUUUUUUAUAUUUCAAAGAUUUCAAAAUAAUUCUUUCAGAGUAUAGCCGAUCUUUUCACCAUGUUUUUCUAUUUUGUUUUAAUGUCACUUCGAGAGGUUCAGAUAAUUCGUCAAUUUUAUUUUGAUUACCAAGAAUAUUACAUUGCCCCAGCUACUUAUACUACAACUUAUUUAUUUAUUUAUAUACGAUGUUUUGGUAUCAUACUUCUUACAUUUCAGCGUUUUGUGAUAAUAACAGCUUCAUCGUCGGAUUUCGCUCAUGUAAGUUAAACAAAUGAAUAGGACAGUGUUUUGAUACUAUAACCUUUCUUCAGUUUGAAUUUUAAAAGAUUUUUAGGCAAUUCAAGAAGCUAGUACGUGGAAAAUUGUUCUGGUAUAUUGGUCUGUGCCAUGUUUAGUCAGUCUAGUGGCUUUAAAACAUAUAGAAAUAAGAUUUGAUAGUCCGAUUGAAAUGAAUCUCAUUAUUGAUAAAUCGACGAUAAUGGUGAAUUUUUUAAAGUGUUAACUUGUCGAAACUGUUAUAUUUGUAGAAAAAUACAGUGAUGGGAUUAUGUGUUACAAGUUUUACAUUUUUCACGUGUACCGCGGUUUAUAUUUUGAUUGCUCAUUCAAUAAGAAAAAAAUUAUCAAGUUCACCAAACAGUCGAUCUCUUCGAAGAGAAACUCUUGUUGCUCUUCAAAUAUUCAUUUUGCUUGUCGCAUUCUUCGGAGUAUUUCUAUAUUGUGGGUUUUUGAAUUAUUUUUCAAUGAAUCGAGAAGAAUUUGGUUAUGGCCCGGUUUAUUUCAUGCGAUCUAUUUAUCCGGUUGCCAGUGGAAUGCUUUCAUAUGUCAACCCAUUUUGUAUUUUAUUUUUAAACAAAGAAUUCUCCACGCAAGUUCGAAGAAUGAUAACUUGCAAAGAACUUGUUGUAGUAAGCGAAACUAACAAGAAAAAAUAAACUUGAAUGAUAUUUGCAGACAAAAACAUCAACAACUUUAUCAAUUGCUAAUCGAGGAUUAACAAAUGUAGCUACUUAUUAA